AUUUCAUUCGGCAUUCAUUAGAUAGCAAAUUCAAUUUUAAAAGAAAAUUAUUUUAAAAAUGAAAAGUUUUUUAUUAAUUGUUUGCACUGUUUGUCUUAUUGAUAAUUUGGCAACAGCAUCACCUCUAGAUGAUUUAAAAAAUAUUAUGUCGGAAGUUAAAGAAAAAUGUCUUGCUGAAUCAAAUGUUCCAGAUGAUGUUCUUGAAAAAAUUAAGAAACAUGAACCGAUUACAUCACGUGAAGGAAAAUGUUUUAAAGCUUGUAUAAUGGAAAAUAUUGGUGUGAUGUCUGAUAAUAAGAUCGCUAAAGAUAAAAUUUUAGAUGCUGCUAAAGCAAUAUUUGGUGCCGAUGAAAAUAAGUUGAAUAUGGCAGGAAAAGUAUUCGAUGAUUGUAAUCAACAUACAGAAACAGAUCGUUGUGAAGCUGCUAACUACAUGUGUCACUGUAUAUUCACACAUAAGGAUACUGAAUCAUUCAGACAAUUGUUGUAAGUCAUUUGGAUGAUGAUUUAAAUUCUUGAUAUUAUUUUGAGUAAACUGCGUUUUCUAUUUUAUUUUUUCC